GAAACUCGCUUUUCAACUCCAUCCUGAUUUAGACGAAAGAGAUUGCUUAGCAGUUCAAGCCAUGGUCAAAUUAGUUUCCUGCUGGAGACAAAAGAAAAUUCAAUCUGAAAUUUAUUACAAUCAACAUUCCAUGAAGAAAAACCCUGCUCGUUGUGAAGUAUACUUGAAACGUCGCUUUCGAAUCAAAAAGUCCCAUGUUCAACACAUCAAAAAACAAAAUAUGAAACCAGCUCGCCGCACAUAA